AUGGAUUGCAAGGACGAGAAUUUGGCGGUACGCAACGGCGUGCGCCACCAAGGCAUUUACGAAUGGAACGGCGACGGCCACAUUCUCGGGAUUGUGUCCAGCCGCCAUCACUCCCAUCAAGCAGGCUCCAAGGCCAGGCGAAAUUGGCGCUGCGGCAACUGUGGCGCUCGAGACCACAUCACCAUCGACUGCAGUGGGCUGCAUUAUGCGUACUCGCGGUCCCAGGUUUAA